AGCACCAUUUUGGCAAGAGCUACAUUGCAGUUUGUUGUUUCACAUAUUUCCUGCGAUUUUAAGAGAUUUUUCUUAAAAGAACGUCAUAUAAACGAACAGAAAUAAAAAUGAGCACGCAAAUAUCAGUGGCCGAGAAAACGGGGACAAAAUCGGCUAACUUCUUUGCGCUGCAGACGGCCUUUGAGAGUGUCCUGGAACAGGCGAUAGCCGAGAACAAUGUGGAGCUGUUGGUGAAAGAGUACCAUGGCUUUGGCGCCAAUUCGGAGCACGACAAACGUUCGCCAAUGGAUCAAGCGUUUCGGGAGGUGCUCAUGAAGCGACUCAGCGACGAUAUUGAACAUAUUGGAACGCUGGUGCGUCUCUCUGUGGAGGCAGCGCGUGCCGAGAUUGUCUCAAACACGAUACCAGUGGUGCUGCUCGGCGACACCUUCGAUGUGAUCACGUUGAACAAGUGCGAGCUGAUUUUCAAGUUUGUGGAGGAGCUCGUUGAGGUCUGGAAGGAGGAGAUCUUCUUUGCCUCGUGCAAGAACAAUUUGCUUCGCAUGUGCAACGAUCUGUUGCGCCGUUUGUCCCGCACACAGAACACUGUUUUCUGUGGGCGCAUUUUGCUCUUCCUCUCCAAGUUCUUCCCGUUCUCGGAGCGCUCUGGAUUAAAUAUUGUAUCGGAGUUUAAUUUGGAUAACUACACCGAAUAUGGGCUGGAUAGCAAAGAUCACGAUGAGAUUGACAACAAGGAACUGGAGGAUACUGCUGAGGAUAUACCACUUAAGAUCGACUACGAUUUGUACUGCAAGUUCUGGUCGCUGCAGGACUUCUUUCGCAAUCCAAAUCAGUGCUACAGCAAGGCGCAGUGGAAGAUGUUCCAAAUGCAUGCGGAGAAUAUUCUACAGUCGUUUUCCAGCUUUAAGCUGGAGGAUGUGCGUCCGAACAAUGACUUCAAUGGCAACAGCGACACGGGCCCCCAGGCAAUGGAUGUGGAUAUCGAUGCUCAGGCCAUGGAUGCCGUUGCAACGCUCGCCGUGCGCAAGGAAAAUCAUUUCUUUGCCAAGUUUUUGACCAAUCCAAAGCUGCUCGCUUUGCAGUUGUCCGACUCGAAUUUCCGACGAGCUGUGCUUGUGCAGUUCCUCAUUCUCUUCCAGUAUUUACAGGUCAGCGUCAAGUUUAAAAUUGAUACGUAUACCCUGACGAGUGCACAGUCUGAUUUCAUCAAGGAGACGGAACAGCGCGUUUACAAACUGCUGGAGGAGACGCCGCCUUACGGCAGACGUUUUGCCCGCACUGUGCUCCAUAUGCUGCAGCGCGAGGAGAUGUGGAACAAUUGGAAAAACGAUGGAUGCAAAGAAUUCAAAAAGCCUGAAGAGCCUGAACCCAGCCAAGAUGACUCGAAACCCACGCCUGCCAAACGCUCCAAGCGCCCAUUGGGCGAUUGUCUGCGCGAUGCGGCACGGAACGGCAAGUUCUACCUUGGCAAUGACACUUUGACGCGCCUGUGGAACUACUCGCCCGACAAUUUGCAGGCCUGCAAAAGUGAGCAGCGCAACUUUCUGCCGCUGCUGGAAACAUAUUUGGAGACAACGCAUGAUAAGAGCGAUCCUGCAUUCGAGUGGCGUGCACUGCGCCUGUUGGCACGCCAAACGUCGCACUUCUUCACCUUCAUCUCGCAGCCGUCGUGCAAAAUCUCCGACUAUCUGGACGUGGUGCGCAAGCGUCUUACUCGCGAAAAGGAGUUGGUUAAGCAAACGAACACGGCAUCUGCCAAUUCGUCGGAGCAUAAUAAUGGAUUGGCUGUCAGUAGCCAACCAUCGGAAAAUGAACAGGAGGCUGCAGUUGCCUUGCAGGAUAACAUGCAGGACCUGGAGGUGGAGGACACUGAGCCCGUCGUGGAGGAUGUGGACGAGACGCCAGCUCAUGAGAAACCGCUGAUGGUCACUCGUGCCCACAUCGAAGAAAUAACGCCGCUAAUAGGCGAGCCCUGGAUGAAGGUGGGCAAAAAAAUUGGCUUCACCAAUGACGAGCUGCUCUUCUAUCAAAUGGAGAAUCCCACCGCUGCCGUUGCAUGCACAAAAAUGCUUACCAAUUGGAUUUCGGACGAUGAUGAUGCAACGCUAGAGAACUGGGCCUAUAUGCUGGAGGGCCUGGAGAUGCACAAGGCGGCCGAUGCCAUCAAGGCGAUCAUUGAGCGUGAAAAGACCACCACAACGCAAACACUGUCCCAGUCCCCGCCGGAUACUACGGACGACGUCGAAAUCCUAUCCGACUAGCAAGGCCAAAUGACAGGCUUAAUACUUUAAUGCUGUUUAUAUUCAUCAAUUCGUUUUAUCACAUAUAAUAAAUGGGCAUAUCAAGUGACCCAAAUUUUA